AUGAACUCAGGAAAAGGAAUCAAGAGAUCGGCUCCGAAAAGCGAAGGUAGGGUGCAGCGAUAGACGUGUGAGGUCGAAAACUCCUUUACUUCUAAAGAGUAAUCCAUUUACGAUUAAUAUAUGAUGGUGAAAACAGAAUUGAGUGCAGUAUCACUGCUGUUUAGAGUGCUAGGCUUAUGUCUAGCAACUUUGAUCGGUCAAAUUUAAGCUUUUCGAUGGAUCGUCAAACCAAAAAUACAAAUCUUCUAGGUAUUACAAGGAAGCUUAGAAUUUAAAACUUCACAGGGGGGGUUAUUACCAAGACCUUGCUAGCUACAUAUAAAAACUUUCCAGUUGUUAGUCUCUUUUUCCCUUUGAUUAUAAAUUUCUUGAGCUCUGACUGAAUAAUCAUUGACAUGCAAACAGAACGAAGCUAAUUUAACCAUAUGUCAUUCAGCUAGCUCAUGAUGAAGACUAACUAACUAGAUGUGUAAUGAGCGGUAACACUAACAUGUCUUUUCUCUUUUCAGGUGACAGAUCACGUCAAAGACGCCGAAGAACAGCGUUUACCGACGAACAGUUGGAUCGGCUGGAAGAAUCGUUUGCGAAUGAAAGAUUCCCAGGCAUCAAGAUACGCGAGAAUCUUGCAGGAGAACUUAACAUCGGGGAGGACAGAAUUCAGGUAGGAUAUUCAAAUUCCUGUCACGAUCUUCACCCCACGACACUGAACAACAAGGGAGCAACCUGAAAGAAAACUGUAAACCACGGUGUACUUAAAAAUUCGUGAGAGCCCUGCUGGUCCGUUAGACCGUUUUAUAGAAUAGAUUUAGUGAAUUCUGGCAUUUUCCUCUCAAAAAGUUCGAGGAUGGUCACAAUCAAAUUAUACAUGAUCCAGAAGUAGACAAGUUUCCAUUCAGUCUUCCGGUAAAUUGAGCAACUUAUACCGCAUUCACACCAACACUACAACACGAUUUAAGCUGUUUUGUUGAACACUACUUUUCUUUAAACAUUUUUUUAAAGGAAUUGCCUUCACUGAUGUUUGUUAACUAUUAGUGGAGUUUAGUUUUUACUUUUCUGUUGCUUAUUUUCAUUCACUUUACCUGGCUUGGCUCAUCGUGUUUUACUGGUGUCAAGGCAAUAACCUUCCUGUAGUCUUCCGGUUAAUCAUGAUUAAUUUGAGUCAUAAUUCUUUAGCUGUACAUGGAAUAGUCGUGAUAACACAAGUAGACUACGCGUUCUUUUUCUUUUUCUGCGAUGUUCCGUUCGCGCAAGUAAAAAUGAAAUAAGCGAGACAAAAAUUUAUGUUAGUGUGCUGCGUAAAAAUUUCAGAUUCCGCACGCGAGCUAACUUCGAAAUGAUGGGGUUGCAAGUGGCCUAUAAUGGAAAAGCUAUUUGCAGAGUAAUUGUGCAAUUUUUCUUAACAAAACCUCUUUUAUCUUCAGGUCUGGUUUCAGAACCGUCGAGCUAGAUGGCGUAAACAUGAAAUAAAAAACAAACCCGCUCCAGUUGCCACUGCUUCAGAGAUGUACUUAGACAACCGAGAUUUCAGUGCGCGUUCAAUGUUUCAAGCAUCAUCUGCCAUUAUACCACACAGUCCGCUGACCCAAACGUCUUUCACGCCGUGGAGCCCAUUUUAUCAUCCGUUUACAACAAGCGCUUCCUGGUUCCCACCCGGCGGGCUUCUCGGCCUGGAGUAUUCAAACAUGUCCUGUACUGCUUCUCAAGAUUCUAGCAAGACAUUUGUUCCAAAUCCACGCGGAUAUGUUCCAACACAUCUCUCGUCCAGACCCAUUCCUUCACCUGACUGCUGCGUCACCUCUAAGCCCAAGCUCCAUUCCUCCUCUGACUCGGACAGUGAUGGAGGCCGUCACUCUGUCGAUGAUUACCAAGCCGCUGCUACUUUAGCAUCGUUUUUUCAGCGAGAAAAUUAA